GACAGAGGAGGAGGACGGACGGUUCUGUUGUUUCCUUUCUUUUUCCUCUUCAACAAUGUCUAAGGUGAAUCAUCUGAGAGAGUUUAUCGGUCAGCGACUAACAGCAGCUGCUGUAGAAAUAUUGUCAGUGUUUGAAAAAAGCAUCUUGGAGUAUGAAGAAGAGCUCGACCGUCAGCGCAGACUGUUGGACCUCGCCUGGAAACCUGAAAUCAGACUCCACAGAGUCGAACUCCCACAAGAAAAUGUUUGUAAGGUGGAGGAGGACGGGGUUUUCAGUGACCAGCACCUGGAUAACCUGGAGAGGAGCUGCAGCCCGGACCAGGAGGAACCAGGGCAUCCACAGACUACAGAACUGGAGGAAGACUCCAGCGGUCAGGAGAUGAAGCACGAGGACGUAGAGGUGGAAGUCUCAUUGGUCAAUGUUGCUGAUGUGAAAGUUGAAAAUGGUGAACCAGGACCAAACUGUGGCCAGCUGCUGUUGCACACUUCUCCUGAAGCUCAAAACAAAGAUGAGGAAGGGACUGAAAGUUUACGCUCAGACUCCAGUAAAACUGCAGAUCCGGAGCCAAUGGGACGACACGGUGACCACGAAUAUGCUGCUGUCCCGUCAGACAGCAACUGUAAAGCAAAGCUGGACAGGACCCACAUGGGGAAGAAGGUCUUUUCUUGCAGAACUUCCAGGAAAGAGUUCAUUGAAAGUAAUAUUUUAGUGGAUCACAUGAAGAUCCACACUGUCGAAAGGCCGUACCUGUGCAACAUCUGCGGCAACGCCUUUACUUAUUUAUCACAUCUUAAACGCCACAUAACCACCACGCACAUGGGCGAGAAGCCCUACAUCUGCAAAACAUGUGGAAAAGGUUUCACGCAACGUUCCAACCUGGUGAUUCACUUGAGGAUCCACACCGGCGAAAGGCCGUACCUGUGCAACACCUGCGGAAAAACCUUUAUUAAUUUAUCACAUCUUAAACGGCACAUAGCCACGCACAUGGGUGAAAAGCCAUAUUUGUGCAACACGUGCAACAAAGGUUUUAACCGCAGAUUUGAUUUGCUGAGUCACAUGAAAAAUCACCCGGAGGAGAAGUCUGGUGACUCGUGACAAAUGAUGCUCAUGUUGUCGACCUCCGGGGGCAGCUGUCCACUCCUUUACUCAAUCAUCACUUCUUAAACGCCACAUAACCACGCACACGGGCGAGAAGCCCUACAUCUGCAAAACGUGGAAAAAGUUACAGGCUACGUUCCACCCUGGUGAUUCACUCGAGGACCCACACUGGUGAAAAGCCGUACCUGUGGAACACCUGCAACAAAACCUUUACUAGAUCAUCAUCUCUUAAAAGCCACAUAACCACGCACACGGGCGAGAAGUGAUAUUUGUGCAAGACGUGCAACAAAGGUUUUAGCCGCAGAAUUGAUUUGCUGAGUCACAUGAAAAAUCACCCGGAGGAGAAGUCUGGUGACUCGUGACAAAUGAAGCUCAUGUUGUCGUCCUCUGGGGGCAGCUGUCCACUCCUGUCUGACCCACAGAAGAAGAACCCGCAGAAGUCCAACCACCACCUCCUGUGGCUGAUGAGCCUAAUCCCCUCCCCACAAGGUUUGCAGGUUCAACCCGGAUUUAUGCUUCUCCGUCAACUUGACGCAGAGGGAACGAUGUGGUUGUGUACUUUUUUUUUAAGUUCUGCAUUGAGUUUGUGUGAAUCCCUGUUCCUUCUUAAAAUUGUUAUUUGUUGCUGUUGACAACUUGCCGUCUCCACGGUUUAAU